AAUCCCUCUGUCUCGCUCCUCUGACGUCACCCCCGCCCUGGUUAUGUCCGAGAGGGAAGAGGAAGCAAAACCAGGGGGAAGAAAGGCGGCGGAGCGCGGGGUCACGACCUCUGACCUCUCACCGAAGAGAAAAAUAUCAAAUACAAACAAAAAAAAAAUAGUAUUUACGCCUAAGAGACAAUCACGGCGUUGACCGGAACACAGGCCGCCGGGGGCUGAGGGGAUGCGGCUUUAAAUCGGACCUCCUAUGUGGCGAGGUUCAGGAAUCUUCAGUGAUGACAAGCUCCUCUCAGCGCAUCCAGAUAAUCUCUGCAGACUCUGCCGUGUCAUCCCCACAGCGCAUCCAGAUUGUAACAGAUCAGCAGACAGGCCAAAAGAUCCAGAUUGUGACAGCUGUAGAUUCCUCUGUAUCUCCCAAACAGCAAUUUAUACUGACCAGUCCUGAUGGAUCUGGAACAGGGAAGGUGAUACUUGCAACUCCUGAAUCUCCGAGUACGAAGCAAGUUAUUUUCACUGCUGAAAAUAUUGUACCUGGAAGGAUACAGAUUGUAACAGAUGCAGCUUCUGUGGAGCGACUCUUGGGAAAGGGAGAUGUGCAGCGCCCCCAGAUCAUAGAAUAUUGUGUUGUUUGUGGUGACAAGGCAUCUGGUCGUCACUAUGGUGCAGUUAGCUGUGAGGGGUGCAAGGGUUUCUUCAAAAGAAGUGUUAGGAAGACCUUGACGUACAGUUGCCGGAGCAGUCAGGACUGCGUCAUCAAUAAACAUCACCGCAACCGAUGUCAGUUUUGUCGGCUUAAAAAAUGCUUGGAAAUGGGCAUGAAAAUGGAAUCGGUGCAGAGUGAGAGGAAACCUUUUGAUAUCCAGAGGGAAAAAGCAUCGAACUGUGCAGCUUCAACAGAAAAAAUCUACAUCCGAAAGGACCUAAGAAGUCCUCUCAUAGCAACUCCGACAUUUGUAUCAGAUAAAGACGGUGCAAGGCAAACGGGAAUUUUGGACCCCGGGGUGCUAGUGAAUAUUCAGCAACCACUUAUAAGAGAAGAUGGCACUGUGCUUUUGUCUUCGGAUACAAAGCAGGCAGAAGCAAGUCAGGGCGGACUUGGGACACUGGCAAAUGUUGUGACAUCAUUAGCAAACCUGACAGAGUCGUUGAAUAACGGGGACACAGCUGAAGUCCAUCCAGAGGACCAAUAUUCUAGCGAAAUAACCCGAGCAUUUGAUACCUUAGCGAAAGCUCUUAAUGCAACAGAUGGCUCUCCUGUACAUAGCCUGACAGAUGGAAUAGAUGCUUCUACUGGAGGGAACAUUCACAUAAUUAGCCGGGAUCAGGCAACUCCUAUACUGGAAGUUGAAGGACCCCUUCUUUCAGACACACAUGUGACAUUUAAGCUUACAAUGCCAAGUCCAAUGCCAGAGUAUCUGAAUGUGCACUAUAUCUGUGAGUCGGCGUCCCGCUUGCUUUUCCUCUCCAUGCAUUGGGCCAGAUCCAUUCCUGCUUUCCAAGCUCUGGGGCAGGAUUGUAACACAAACCUUGUGCGUGCCUGUUGGAACGAGCUCUUUACUCUGGGUCUUGCACAAUGUUCUCAAGUGAUGAGUCUUUCUACUAUUCUCGCAGCCAUUGUCAACCAUCUGCAAAACAGCAUACAAGAAGACAAGCUUUCUGGAGACAGAAUAAAGCAAGUCAUGGAGCAUAUCUGGAAGCUCCAGGAGUUCUGCAACAGCAUGGCCAAGUUGGAUAUCGAUGGAUAUGAAUAUGCCUACCUUAAAGCUGUGGUCCUUUUCAGCCCAGAUCACCCAGGAUUAUCCAGCACGGCACAAAUCGAGAAGUUUCAGGAAAAAGCCCAGAUGGAGCUGCAGGACUAUGUACAAAAAGCAUAUCCUGAUGAUACAUACAGGCUGGCCCGGAUUUUAGUACGACUUCCAGCCCUCAGACUCAUGAGCUCCAACAUCACCGAAGAACUAUUUUUUACUGGUCUCAUUGGCAACGUUCCCAUUGACAGUAUCAUCCCUUACAUCCUCAAGAUGGAGACAGCAGAGUAUAAUGGGCAGAUCACAGGGGCCGAUGUAUAGCCAGAUAUGGGGCUCAUAUAAAUCAAGAACUCUUCAGUGCACCGCUGUUUGGUGUGAGAAAGUGCAGUAACAUUUGGGGAACACAUGCAGAAGCCCCAUUUGGGUGUAUAUAUUGUCCCAUUUUAUACCCCUUCCAUUGAAGGUUUCCUCCAUACUUGUCUCGCCCUCCUGAAAAGCAACACAGUGCUGACGGCCAUAACAAUAUAACCAGGUAGGAGUGGUUCAACAUUUCUGUUACAUUUUAUAAUGACCCUGCAGGCUACUCAACACACUAAUAUUUUUUUUUUGUAGCUUAUUAAACCAGUAAUAAGUGUCAGAGAACAAAAGCAAUGGAGGCGUUGCUAUACACUUGGGUUGGAAUUAAUGAGGCUGUUAGUGACAUUGCCAGUCAGACUCACUGAAUCAGCCAGCAGAACACAAGAACAUGCAUUUGCUGCCAGGGAUUGGCUUAUAUGAUUUUUUUAAUGUACCAAUGAACUAUGGUGCUUUUGGCAUGCCCCUAUGACUCCUAUUUAAUAACAAUGGAAGACUAUCAAUGGCCAAAAAUGACAGACACCCCCAUUCAUUCAGCUUCUGUGUAACACUGCAAUUCUGUGUGUUAUUGUUAUGACAAACGAUUCCAUUCCUUGUUUUAUCAAAAGUAGUUUUGCAUCUUUCUACUGAUAAUAUUCCAUUAGUGAUACCGGCAUUCGCAAUUUUCUUAAUAUCUCACCCGGCUCCAGUAUUACUUGCUAAGCAAACCUUCCUUUUAUACAAAUCCGUCCCAGUCGGAGAUUCCCUGGGCUUUUUUUUUUUUUGUAUUAUGCAUCUACAAUGCAACAGACAAUCAUAAAAUGAAAUAUAGAGUGAAACAAUGAAAGGGUUGGUCGCUACAACUCAACACGACUUCCCAACUUAUAUUCUCUGCGCUGCUUCAGCAGGGACAUCCCUCCAUGUGUCGUUGGACUACAGCUUCAUUCAUUACUCAACCGCUGAUACCUGGUAGAUGUUCAACAACACAUGGAAGGCAUCAGGUGAGAUACGUUGUAAUGGUAGGACCACAAAAAUGGCAAACUGUUUUUAAAUAGUACAGGUCACCCACAGUGAAUACAGAAUACAGUAACAAAUAGUAAAGAUCUAAUGAUAUCAGUCAUUGCAGCAGAUGACUGACCCAGCCAUAAUAUCAUGUAAUAUAAAUGUAGGAUUAGAUAUUUCCUGGUAGAACUUGAAGACCAUAAGUAUCUGACUAGUACAUCCUAACUUCUUGUAACUGGAAGAUCCGGUCAUUUUCUAGGCAUGCAUCAAAUCAGAUAUUUUUUGACCAAAUCCAAAAAGUUUUGGACAAUUACAGAACAGAAUUGGCUUAUUCAAAUUGAGAUCACUAUAAGGAGCAGAUUUGCUAAAGGGCAAAGUGACUAUUGCUGGCGAAUAUCCGCUAGCGUGACAUCAUUCAGGCACUUUGGCGAUUUACUAACGGCGCAGACGUAACUUCACUAGCGAAAGAGACACACGCUAGCGAUCAUUCACACUCUAUCACCAGGCGAAUUUUCUCUUUGGCAAAUAGACGUAACUCCGCA